UUAUUAGUUUCUCUCCAACAGUGUUACAAAUACAUUUUUGCACUUCAGUUGUCGGUCGAAAUGGCACCAAAAGCAAGUGGAAAAGCCGAGAAGAAGUCCGGAAAGGCUCAGAAGAGCGUCGCCAAGGGAGAUAAAAAGAAGAGACGGCAACGCAGGAAGGAAAGCUACGCCAUCUACAUCUACAAGGUGCUGAAGCAGGUCCACCCGGACACUGGAGUCUCAUCGAAGGCCAUGAGCAUUAUGAAUAGCUUCGUCAAUGACAUCUUCGAGCGGAUUGCUGCUGAGGCUUCUCGUCUUUCGCACUAUAAUAAACGCUCGACGAUUACCUCCCGCGAAAUUCAAACCGCUGUCCGUCUGCUGCUGCCGGGAGAAUUGGCCAAGCACGCAGUCUCCGAGGGUACGAAGGCUGUGACGAAGUAUACCAGCUCCAAGUAGAACUGUUCUCCAGAAGCCCAAAAAGGCCCUUUUCAGGGCCAAAAAAA